AUGGAGCAAAGCGAGGACAUCUCAGAGUCAACUCCGGCGGCAGCGUUCCGGUUGAAAUGGGACGUGUUUUUGAGCUUCCGAGGAGAAGACACCAGAAAUCGUUUCACCGAUCUUCUGUACAAAGCCCUAUUUGCCAAAGAGAUCCGGGUCUUUCGAGACAACGAUGGAAUGGAUCGGGGCGAUCAAAUAGCGCCGAGUUUGCUAGAAGCGAUCGAGGACUCGGCGGCGGCUGUUGUUGUUAUAUCACCGAAUUAUGCAUCCUCACGUUGGUGCCUGGAGGAGCUGGCCAGAAUUUGCGAGUCGAGGAAACUUGUGCUCCCCGUGUUCUUCGAAGUUGACCCGUCGGACGUGAGAAGACAGAGAGGACCAUUUAAGGAAGGUAUUGAGAGUUUGGAGGCAAAGUGUGGAGUGGAGGAAGUGAAGAGAUGGAGGAAUGCAAUGGCAAGAGUUGGAGGAAUUUCUGGUUGGGUUUACAAGAACAUCAGGGAAGAGACACAUUUGAUUGAAUCUGUAGUGAAAAGGAUCAUGGAUAAAUUGAAGAACUCCCCAUUUGUUGUGGCUCCAUAUACUGUGGGGCUCGAUUUUCCCAUAAAGGAAGUGAUGGAAUUGUUGGAUGUUACGCAAAAUGUCCCCCAAGUUCUGGGAUUCCUAGGUACUGGUGGAAUUGGCAAGACAACUCUUGCUAAAGCCGUUUACAAUGAACUUGCAAGGCAUUUUGGACACCGUAGUUUCAUCUCAAAUGUUAGAGAAAAUUUUGAUAAGCCUGAUGGUUUAUUGUUGCUUCAGAACAAACUUGUUAAAGAUCUUUCCACAAGUUCAGCACGUCCUUUUGACAACAAUAAUGCUUUUAUGGCUACAAUCAGAAGAAUUUUCCAGGAAAAACGAGUAUUGCUUGUUUUAGAUGAUGUCGAUAAUGUAAAUCAGCUUACCAAACUAGCCAUUCGUAGAGAUUGGUUUUCUGAAGGAAGUCGGAUUAUAAUUAGUACAAGAAAUAGAGAUGCUUUACCAGCUGAUCUUGUGAAUAAGAUUUACGAGGUGAGACAAUUAGGCUCUUCUGAUUCGUUAAAACUUUUUAGUUACUACGCGUUGGGAAGAGAGAAACCUAAUGAUACUUUCUUGAAACUGUCUGAGCAAAUUGUUUCCGCUACCGGAGGAUUACCUUUGGCUCUACAAGUAUUUGGUUCGUUCCUAUUUGACAAGCGGAAAGUGGAGGAAUGGCAUGAUGCACUAGAAAAGCUGAAGAAGAUUCGUCCUAACCAUCUUCAGGAUAUCUUGAGGAUAAGCUAUGAUGCACUUGAUGAUGAAGAGAAGUGCAUAUUCCUCGACAUUUCAUGUUUAUUAUUGAAUUUGGAAAUGAAGAGAGAGAACAUAAUCGAUGCUUUGAAGGGCUGUGGUUUCAGAGCAGAAAUUGCAUUCACAACCCUUAGUAAAAGAUCUCUCAUCAAAGUUAUUGAGGAAGAUGAGUUGUGGAUGCACGAUCAGAUUAGAGAUAUGGGAAGACAGAUUGUCUUGCAAGAAGGCUAUUCAGAUAUUGGAAAGCGAAGUAGAAUAUGGGACCGUGGAGAUGUUCUCGAGGUCUUGAAGGGCCAAAAGGGGACGCGAUGCAUCCAAGGGAUUAUCGUCGAUCUGGCUGUGAAGAAGCACACAAGGAUUAUUAGUGCUAGAACUAUAGCUCUUAACGAUCUUCUAAGAUCUCCCAGUUUCACUGCUGCAUUAACAUAUUUGAAGGAGAAAUACAAGGAAUAUUUUCAACGUAGGGCUGAAGAGUGUGAAGUAAUAGUGGAUACCAAAUGGUUCAAAUCAAUGGUUAAUCUGAGGAUGCUUCAAUUCAGUAAUGUCCGACUUGAAGGAGAUUUUAAACAUAUACCUCCUGCAGUGAAAUGGCUGCAAUGGAAGAAAUGUUCACUCAGAAGUCUGCCUUCUGUAUUUUUGGACAGUGAAAUGGCUGUUCUUGAUCUCUCAGAGAGCAAGAUAGAAAGUAUAUCGGGAUGGAAGUGGUUCUGGGAUAGAAGAAAGGUAUGUUUCAGUUUCAUGACAUUUUCUGAGAAUCGCAAAUUUUAA